AUGUGCGCGGCAUUUGGGAAGGUCGUAGCGACGGCCACGAGGAAGGAGGGAGACACGGAUGAGAAGACGGAGAUGGCGGCACAGGCAUUAGCGGCCUCCGCCUACGCCGUGUGGUGCUUCGUCGAGACCGGUCAUGCAAGCGGUGUUGGAGGUCGAGAUCAAGAGGGAGCCAGACUUAGGGGCCGCAAUGGCGGUGUUGGCGGUGUUGGUGGCGGUGUUGGGGGGGCGGUCUUGGGGGCGGCGUUGGUUCCCCACAAUGUCGUGCCGGUGCUGCAGAGUCACGCUCUGCAGAGGGUGUAUCCGGGGGGAGAUGGGGGAGUCGACGGCGACGUGAUCGCUAGAGCGGCGGUAGAGACCCUGGCGUUUUGGGGAAUGUGCGCCAUCGCCGCGCCCAAACUUGAAGAGCUCGGCAUCGCUGUGUCGUGUGACGUGCAGAUGGAGUAUGAUAUAGACCACAGGAGGAGGAAGGGGCAGAGGGGCAAGCAGGGCAAGCAUAGCAAGGCGGGGAAGAAGGGCAAGCAUGGCAAGCACAGCACGACGGCGUAG